AGGCGCGUGCGCGGAUCACGUGGGUAGCGGACCUGCGGUGGAGUCCGGGGCGGCGGCCGCGCGGGCAGCUGGCGGGACGGGCUUCGGACACCGCGCCUCUCGCUGCAGGUCACCAUGGCUGCUGUCGACAGCUUCUACCUCUUGUACAGGGAAAUCGCCAGGUCUUGCAGUUGCUACAUGGAGGCACUGGCCUUGGUGGGGGCCUGGUACACAGCUCGGAAGAGCAUCACAGUCAUCUGUGACUUCUACAGCCUGGUCAGGCUGCACUUCAUCCCUCGCCUGGGGAGCAGGCCCGACCUGAUCAAGCAGUAUGGAAGAUGGGCGGUCAUCAGUGGGGCCACAGAUGGCAUCGGGAAGGCCUAUGCUGAGGAGUUAGCGAGCCAUGGACUCAACAUCGUCCUGAUCAGCCAGGAAGAGGAGAAGCUGCAGGCCGAGGCCAAGCACAUCACUGACACCUACAGGGUGGAGACACUUAUCCUGGUGGCGGACUUUAGCAGAGGCCGGGAGAUUUAUGCUCCAAUCCGAGAAGCCCUGAGAGACAGAGACAUUGGCAUCCUGGUGAAUGACGUGGGUGCAUUCUACCCCUAUCCUCAGUAUUUCGGCCAGGUUCCCGAGGACACGCUCUGGGACAUUGUGAAUGUGAACAUUGCAGCUGCGAGCGUGAUGGUGCACAUAGUGCUUCCGGGGAUGGUGGAGAGAAAGAAGGGCGCCAUUGUCACUGUGUCUUCUGGCUCCUGCUGCAAGCCCACCCCACAGCUGGCUGCCUUUUCUGCGUCCAAGGCAUAUCUGGACCACUUCAGCCGAGCCUUGCAGUAUGAGUACUCCUCUAAAGGGAUCUUCGUGCAGAGUCUCAUCCCCUUCUACGUGACCAGCAGUGUGACGUCUCCUGGCAGCUUCCUGCACAGAUGCCCAUGGCUGGCGCCGUCGCCGAGAGUGUAUGCACAGCAUGCCGUGUCGACCCUGGGCAUUUCAAAAAGGACCACGGGCUACUGGUCCCAUUCUAUUCAGUUCCUCUUCGCACAGUAUAUGCCUGAGUGGCUCUGGGUGUGGGGUGCAAACCUCCUCAACCGCUCCCUACGGAAAGAGGCCUUAUCCUGCCAAGCCUGAACCGGGAAGCUCGGAGACGCCUGGCCAAGCCACAGUCAUCCACGGUAUUCUGGCAUUUGGAAGAGCACACCGCUUCACCUGUGUAUCGUCUCGUACCGAGUACCUAGUGCAUUGCCAUCCUUCAUGAGUCUGUGAGACAACCUCAGGGACCACAGGGGUGGCCCAGGGCACAUGGCCACGAAGCCUGAGAGCAGAAAGGGAUGCUUCCCCAACACUUAGAGCGUGACUGGCUCGCUCCUGGAACGCCUUGUGUUGGUCUUAUUUUUUCUUUUUUUGAGAAGCCACCUGUUUUCCUUUUAUAGGUGAUUGAUUAUAGUAUUGGCUAUCAAAAUGUUCAUCGUGCUGGGUGUGGUGGCUCAUGCCUUUAAUUCCAGCACUUGGGAGGUUGAGACAGAUGGAUCUCUAUGAGUCGCCUGGGCUUCAUAGUUCCAGGACUGCCAGGGAUAUGUAGUGAAACCUACCUUUAAAAAAAAAAUAAUAACAUUCAUCAGGAAGACAACGGAAAAGUGUUAUUUUCACACUGUGAACUGUGAGUGCAGGUGGUGUUAACAGUAGCCGUGUGUCACACCACAUAGCUCCGUGAGGGGUGUCUGUGUGUACACACUGCCUUUUGCUAAGGUCCCCGUAGAACCAAGUGUGUGCCGUGUGUUGGAGCAAAGCUAUUGAUGAAUCUUUGCUAGAGACUUUGUCAAGACAAGGCAAUGGGGAACCUUCCCAUAGUAAAUGUCUGAAGCCUCUCCGGCUCUACCGCGUGCACUUGCCGUGUCCAACGCUGCUUUCUCUCAGUGGUUUUUGUCUUUCCAACUCUGUGUAGGUGGGUUUUGUUCCUAGACCGGGACACAUAACAGGUUGUCUUUUGAUGUCGGAGGUAAUUGUUGUGGCUACGUGGUGACUCCUCCGUAUGUCCAUGUUCUAACUGACCCCCUUCAGGUCUUGUUAGAGCUGGCUUUCUUACACUUUUCUAUGUAAUCCACUUUCACCCCAGGAGCACUGUCGAUAAAAUCAUCAAGUGUUUGUGGAAUAGUGGUUAAGAUAUGGGCAACAUUUGUGUGUGGUACAAGGUAGUUGUUGAAGUGAUGUUAGAAACUCAUUUUUAGCCUGUGUAAUGAAUGUGUACAUUAUAGGCAAUGCUUUUAUUAGCGUGAAGAUCCUUUACGUAAGUCCUACAAUAUGAGUGCACACUGAAACUUAGUGUCUUUAAUUGGGUCUUAUAAAGCCAACCUCUUGGAAGGGUCUCACUCCUGGCACUCGGAACCUGGAAGUUAUGGCAGCUUGUGCAGAGUGGAGGAUGUGGCACUUACCCUUGCGGUGCUGCUUCUGUGCUGCUACUGUGCCUAGGAAGUGAAAAUGGGUGGCAGGCUGGGACUGUGUGGAGUUGCUUUAGUGAUAUCCCAUUACCUAUGGGCCCAGGACAUCAGAUGUGGCAUUUUCAGUGUGACUCGGAUCUAGAAGAUCAGUGUCUUCAUGUCCUCAGUUAUGUCUUCAAAACAUGUGCAGAACACCAUGCUUGGAGACAGUGGAGGAGGAGCGUCGGUGGAGACGGAGCAUCAGUGGAGACAUCUGUCUUACUGCCGAGAACCCGGGCAGAUAUGUGCUAGGCAGCAGCACCUCCAUAUGAAGCAUGAUCACGCAUGGUCCCAGUGGUGGGGAGGAAGGCAGGAGACUCGGGUUCAAGGCCAGCAUGGGCUGAAUAGUGAAACUCUGGUUCAGGAAACAGAAACAAUAGCAGAGACACACUGUCUGUUCUGGGUAAGGUCCUGUGGUCCGGUAUUCAGACUUGUCGGUCAAGUGCAGAGUGAUAAAUAAAAAAGGGCCUUGAGAGAUGACUCGGCAGUUAAGAUGAGGAGGGGUCAGCGCUGUCAGUGAUGUUCCCUCGGCGGGACUCAGCUAGAACCCGAUCGUGCACAGACUCAGAGUACAGUGACCCACAAUGGACAUGGUUCUUACCAAGGAAGGAGGAACUCUGAACCUUUGUAACUCAUCCUGUGAAUUGGAAUGUAACAAUAAAAGCAUCACUGUCUCCUUUA